CUUUCUCUCUCUCCAUAUAUAUGUGUAUGUUUCUGCUCUUCUGCUGUCCUUUUGAAAGCACCUCUCCUUCUCUCCCACGCCGCCUCUCUCUCUCUCUCUCUCUUCAUGACCUUACCAACACCACCAUUCACCCCCUUUGCAUUUCUCCAAAAUUACCAAAACGCCCUUCUUUCUCUUCUCUCACACUAACCCAAAAAAAAGAAGAAGAAAAAGGCCCCAUCUUUUUAAUCCAAUCUCUUCCAUCACUGUGAACAGGCUUGUCCGCUGAUCUGCAUUGCUGUGUAGAGCUGGCUCUGCUGGGUGAUUUGAGGCAGUUUCAGACUUCCUGCCAUUCACGAGAUGGAAGGAGGGGGAACUGAACAGGAUUACGACGAAUUCGAGAUGCUUCUUGGCGAGAUCCCAAAUGUGACUGCCGCAAAUCCCCAUCCUGAAGAAUCCAGCCCCGUGGUUAGUGCCUCGGAUUUGAAGGCAGUUUCAUUGAAAAAGGACAAUGCGGAGUCUUCUCCAUCAACCCCCUUUACUAACUUCUACAACACUUCCCAAACGGCGAAGCAUGGGGGCAGUGCAACUGCAACCUUGUAUGGUAGCUUGAGCUUUGAAAGGCCUGUCUGCAUGAAUAAUUCCCAGGGCCCAUUCGAUCACAAACUAAAUACUGACGGAGGAAAAAUCAGCAUUAAGAAUGAGUACCAAACACCCAUCACAAAUGUCGAUUGUGAUGAACCAAAACUGCCGGAUGACCAUUCACUGUCAUCCGCAUUCGCGGAAUUGAGCUUCAAGGAUGGUGUGGCAAUGGAACCUGUGAUGCCGGGACCCGUUAAAUAUAAAACCAUACCCGAUCAUGCUUAUUUAAUGGAAGGACAGUAUCCCAACUUCUUAAUGAGAUCUUUCUCUGGUCUAGAUUCGGUCAGCGCAGCCGUUCCUCCAUCACCCAAUGCCCUCAACAGCAUGAACCUGGUGGGCCCCACAUCAGAGCCAUUCCCAUCUUUAACGAACACAAAUAGGCUGGACAAAUUCAACAGUGGAGCUAUGCCGUUUCCUCCUGGAAUGCAUGCCUUCCAGAUGCUUCCAGACGUUCGGGUUCCAGGAAUGGAGUUCCCUGUUUCCCCAUUUCAGCAGCAGUACUACUUGGAUGGACAAUCUCCUCCUUACAUGCAGCCGCAACACUUAAGUCGGUCCCACAUGCCAUUGCGGCAUACAGAGGAGGAGAGGCUUUGCAGAAUGCAUCAGCAAUACUUUUACUUGCAACAGCUGCAGAAUCAUGGAUCUGAAGUCCAUCAGAUUCAAGCGGGUGCGAACUUACCCAUGGGGCCCCUGGCUAGGAGCCCAAGACAACAUUAUUUUGAGCUGCCUAUCUCUCACCAAAUCGAGCAGGCCAAUCAAGAGUCGUUUUGGAAUACCAACACGGUUCCGAGGGGAAUUAGUUCGUCGGAUCUAAUGCCAAUGGGCCGCAACCUUUGCCGUUUCUAUGCUCAGGGGUUCUGUGGAAGGGGGGAUAGCUGCCCGUUUGCACAUGGUGAGAAGCAAAUGUCUGCAACUGGCUUGAACUGCCCUCCUGCUCAUCUUUCUUCGAAAGAACUACAAGCAUUCCAAGUUCUCGACAAAGGGGUCAGACAGAAUUUUCCCGAAAAGAUUUUGACUCGAUCACAUGGGUUGAACUCGUUAAUAGCUAUCAAACCUUGCUCUAUUGGAGUACAUGAACCAGCGAACCAUGCCAACUCCAAUGGAAGGGUGUUUUCAAACGGCCACCUCCACCACCCUUCUGUUACGAAUGCUGGAUCCUUCCAGCUAGAUGGUCGUAGCUCUCGAGAUUCUUCCCCUGAUAAUUUAGAUUUUAGGUACGCUUCAAGAUCACAGCAGCAGAAAUAUAACUCGGUGGACGAAAUUGUGGGGAGAAUCUAUCUCUUGGCGAAGGAUCAGCAUGGUUGUCGUUUCCUGCAAAAAAAAUUCGCGGAGGGUUCUUCCGAAGAUAUUCGGAAGAUCUUCGUUGAGAUAAUUGGUCACAUUGUCGAGCUCAUGACCGAUCCUUUUGGGAACUAUCUCAUCCAAAAGCUGCUUGAAGUGUGCAACGAGGAUCAGAGAAUGCAGAUACUUCAAACUGUCACAAGAAAACCUGAUGAAAUUAUUAAGAUCUCGUGCAAUAUGCAUGGGACUCGAGCCAUACAGAAGGUGAUUGAGACUCUUAAGACUCCAGAGCAAAUUUCCAUGGUCAUUUCCUCAUUGAAGCCUGGUAUAGUGAUGUUGAUAAAAGAUGCGAAUGGUAAUCAUGUUGCUCAACGCUGCUUGAGCUGCCUAAUGCCUGAAUAUAGUGAGUUCCUCUUUGAAGCCGCAACUGCUCAUUGUGUUGAGCUCGCAACCGACCGCCAUGGAUGCUGUGUACUGCAGAAGUGCCUCCAGCAUUCAGAUGGCGAACCGAAGCACCUUUUGAUGUCUGAGAUUACUUCUAAUGCUCUUGCCUUAUCUCAGGAUCCAUAUGGGAAUUACGUAGUGCAAUAUAUCAUUGAUCAAGGGAUUCCAUGGGCCACGGCGAAUGUGCUGGACCAACUGGAGGGUAGCUUUGGGUAUCUCUCCAUGCAGAAAUAUAGCAGCAAUGUGGUCGAGAAAUGCCUGAAAUCUGCUGGAGAGGAACGGCUCACUCGUAUCAUUCACGAACUCAUUAAUAAUUCUCGGCUAGGACAAAUCUUGCAGGACCCAUACGGCAACUACGUUGUUCAGUCAGCACUUGCUGAAUCCAAGGGUGCUAUUCAUGCGGCUUUUGUGGAGGCCAUCAGGCCCCAUGUUCCAGCACUCCGGAGCAGCCCUUAUGGGAAGAAAGUCCUUUCAAGCCACAGCCUGAAGAAGUAAUUUAUGCUGUUUCAGGAAGUUCUGCAAGCGGGUAAUCACUUUUCCUUCUUUUUUUCCCCAAAUGAUCGUUUAGGCAUACACCAUUUUCUUGGCAAGUGCAGAUAAAAUAUCCAUAACAUAUCGAAUUUUGGCAGUUUCCAAAGGAUCAUGUAGACUUUGUAAUAAGUAGAGAAGCAUUGGUUUCUGUUUUUGGGACAUGGGUUUUCAAGUUUGGCGGAUGGAUGGAUCUCGAGAAGGUCAGCUGCGUUGUACAGCCAUCUGAAAAGUUCUCUCCGAAUUUUUUUUCUUCGUUUUUUGCGUUUCUUUCUCGUACAUCAAUAUGGCUACAUGUAGCUUGAAAGGCAAUUUUGCGCAAGGCCGGGACUCACUAGUAAACUGUAGAGGUAAUUAGGAAUAAAGGAGAUUGUGGGGAAGAUGUAGAGUGCUUAAAAGAUUACCAGUGACUAAGCUUUGAAGGAUGUGGAAAGGUUGGAUGGCUUUUAUAAGUUAUUGUCAUGCCAAAAUCCCUUUUGGUUUAUUAACUUGUAUACCAUGUCUAUAUAUAUUUUUUGUGUUUCUCUUUAUUUAAAAUGGAAAGACGCACCAUGUUCAUAUCAUAUGGUUCUAUCUAUUUAAGAUGGCAAGAAUUUCUGGUUAA